GAGAGAGAGAGAGAGAGAGAGAGAGAGGAGAGAGAGAGAGAGAGAGAGAGAUUCUUGUCUUUUCCCCCAUAAAACAUAAGGAGUUCCGGCGAUGAUGUAUGAUUCGAGCUCCGGUGAUGAUGAUUCGAGCUCCGGCAAUGACGACUCGAGUUCCAGCGAUGACGAUUCGAGCUCUGGUGUUGUUUUGAUUUGGUUUUCUCUUUUUAUUACACACAACUAUGAAUUGCUUUAUUAUAAUGUGAUAUUUCUUGUUUAAGUUGAUUGGUUUUGUUUUCAGUAUUGUGAAGUGGUGUUUUUCUUAAAUUAAAUUUGGUUACAGUGGUGUUGUUUAGGAGAAAAGUUACUUGUAUUAAACGUCACUUGUAUAAUUUGGUAAAGUGAUUCACGAUUUUCUUUGCAAUCCAAAUAAUUAAAAAGUGAGAUGGUUUGUUGAAGACAUAAAACACUUGAGCCAACUUAUUACAAAGAUAACAACUCAAUCAGAUUCAAACUCAACAAAAGCUUAUGCUGAUAACAAAAGAAGGCUUUUAACUCAAGAACGCAAGCACAAACGGAGCUUUGUGGCAUUGAUUUUGAUAAGUCUUUAGUGAAGUUAAAUGAGCUCUCUUCAAUUCUCUUACACAACUCUUAUACUUGAGCAUUCAUGAAAAAAACUGUAGUAGGUGGUUUGAUAAGGAGGCGUCCCGCAGAACGGCCCGCGAAAACCUAUAUAUUUUGCAGUACGGGUUUGGGCCGAUAUUUUGAAGACCGCAGUCCACGCGGGAUAGGUCCGCUGUAAUCCGCUCGACAACAACCCAUCCCGUUUGACAUCUCUAAUCCAAAGUCAUAUGUCUUCACGAUGAGACCUUCUCAAAAUUGAUUUUAUUUAUUUAAAUAGCCGCGUUCAGGCGACUACGUGAUCAACGCUCCAUGCCAUGUGGGCGACGUGUCAUAGAUUAUAAAUAAAUAAUUGUAUGUAUACGAUAAUAAAUGGCGCUUCUCAAUUAGUGUCCAACGUUUUAAAUACAGCCAUCUUCGUGCAGACCGACGAACUGAGAGUUUCUUCUUCAUCCUCACCGAGAAAUCUCUGUGGCGUUUUGCCGGAGAACUUAUAGUGGUUUCUAUCUUACUCAAAAGGUAAUUUCAGUAACUCAUCUCUGUUUUGAUUUUAUUUUUAUUCAUGGAGAUCUUGCGUUGACUUUUUUCCGAACUUUGCGAUCUCCAAUUUACAUGUUAAAUAUCAGAAUUAGGAAUUAGACAUGGAUAGCGAAACCUCUGUCAAAGAGAAUCAAAGGAACUUCGACAGGCUAAGCAAUCUACCUGAUUCGUUGCUAUGCAAGAUACUCUCUGACUUCUCCACCAAGGAAUCGGUUCGCACCAGCGUUUUAUCAAAACGUUGGAGAAAUCUCUGGUUGAAUGUUCCAGUACUGGACCUAGAUACUAGAACAUUCUCAGAUGAUGAUGUCUUUGUGAGUAUCAUGGAUAGGCUUUGUUCUGAAAAUGAGCAACGAUUUGAGAGAUUCAAACUGAUAUAUCAGUUAUACGAGCAUGAUGAAUCUCGUUUCGAGUCUUGGAUCGAUGCUGUGACUGGGCGUAGGAUUCUUCAUCUCAAUGUUUAUAAUGAGUUUGACGAUGAUGAUACGUUAGUUAAGAUGCCUCCAUCUCUCUAUUCAUGUGAGAGAUUGGUCAACUUGAGUCUCCGCUGCGUGUUCUUGGAUCAUCCUGAAUCUGUAACGUUGCCUUGUGUCAAGAUUAUUCAUCUAGAGAAGGUUAUAUACGCUUGUGAUUCGACUCUGGAGACUUUAAUAUCAAGCUGUCAUGUUCUUGAAGAGUUAACCAUAGUCAGUGACUACAAUGAUUCUCUGGAAGCUGUGCGUGUGCGUUCCCAGUCACUAAAGAGCUUCAGUAUAGAUUGUGAGCGUGACGAAAGUGAAGGUCAUGUUGUGGCAAUUGAUGCUCCAAGACUUGAGUGUAUGACUCUUAAUGAUCACAGGUCUGAUAGCUUCAUAAUACACAGUAUUGGUCCCUCGGCAAAGGUAAACAUUGAUGUUAGCUUUAAUGGGGAAGAUGAUGAGCCACUGGAACCAGAUGACUCUUCCAAGAUUACUAUGCUCAGUAAAUUUCUAACCGGGUUAUCUACCGUCAGCCACAUGACCAUCUCUGCUGACACUCUAAAUAUUAUUCAUGAUUACUGUGAAAUGGAACAGCUACCUAAGUUCUCCAACUUGUCUUACUUGGAAGCUCGCUUCCAAGACACUAAGUGGGAGAUGCUACCAGCCCUCCUUGAGAGUUGCCCAAAUCUACACUCCGUCAUCUUGGAAUUUGAUUGUCUUACGAAGACAGAGCAGGUUGAUCUUUCAUUAGUGCCACAAUGUUUCAAAUCAUCUCUUGAGUUUGUUCAGCUGAAGACAAUUGAUGGUGUUGACAUGAGAAAGAAUGAGACACCACUCAGGGGAACACCAAGUAAGAUGAAAUUAGCAAAAUACUUUCUAGAGAAUGGUGCAGCUCUCAAGAAACUGACUCUAAGGGAGAGUUUUUGUACCAUCAUCAACCAAAUCAAAUCUAUUCCAAGACUGACUAAGGGGUGUGAAGUUGUCAUGGAUUAGUUGAGCCAGCUUUGUGUUCUUGCUAUAUUGUUCUCGUUGUGCUUUGUUAAAAAUCACUUUUUCUUUCUUAUUUCGUCGUAUGCAUUGUUUAUUUUUUGGUUUUCAAGUUGGAGGAAGAUAUUAUUGACUUGUCUCAACACAUACCAUUUUUAUUCGCGAUGAAAGGACGAUCAAGGCUUAUUUGGAUCAUGGAUGUUAUUUGUGUUUUCCUUUUUCCCUUCUUAAAUUUAUCAUUAUAUAAUAAAACAGUCAUAAGUUCUACAAAUAUUACCAGAUCUUAGUUUUAGAUUUCUGUAUUGCUCAAAACUAUUUAAAAUUACACAAAGUCUCUAAAUCCUAUCAAUAUCCAACUAAAAUUCAAAUCUACGAUUCCAUAAUCUCAUUCUUAGGAAGUGUCCAAAUCUAAAAUCUCUUGUCAUGGUUAAUAUUUCUCUUGUUAACCAACUAAACUAACCUUAGAUUCUGAACCUGUCACAUAUACAGUAUACUAACUUGUCUUCUUUGGUUCUCUGUACUUUGCAGGAGUUCUAAAUUAUAAUUAUGGAAUAAUUUUUUUCAUUGUGUCUAUCAUCGCUUGUGUUUGUUGAGGUAAGAGAAAAAUAUAUGGAGGAUAUGAAGAAACUGGGAGUUAUUUUAUGGCUAAUUCAACAACCCUCAAGAGAUUCACGCUCCAUUUAGAAUAGAUAGGGGAACAAAUUAUGUGAUCCUCAACGAGCUCUUUGCAAUGGCAAGAAAAUCUAUCACGUGUGAAGUUGUUGUUCAACCACAUGUAUGUUUUCACUAGAUCUUUCAGUUAAUAGAGGUAUGUUUAGUAACGUCUUUUUUAUAACAUAUACUGUAGCCCACGGAUAAGAUUUAGCAAAAUCUCUAAUAAUUAGUUUACC